AUGUGCCAGGCUGAGAGGGAAGCGUCGAAGAUUGUGCAGAAGGCGCGCGAGUUCAGAACAAAACGCGUCAAGGAAGCCCGGGAUGAAGCCAAGAACGAAAUAGCCAGCUACAAGUCCCAGAAAGAGGAGGAGUUUAAGAAGUUCGAAGCAGAACACAGCCAAGGAAAUCAACAAGCAGAAGACGAGGCAAACAAGGAGGCUGAGAAACAGAUUCAGCUUAUUAAGGAAGCCGGCAAGAAGAGUCAGGCAGGCGUUGUCAAAAACCUCUUGGCUGCUGUCCUCGAGGCCAAGCCACAGCCUGCUGUCCGCGCAUAA